AGAGGCGAUGAGGACAUUCUUGCUGUCUGAAGAGAGGCACAGCUGGAUGGGGGAGGGGCGCUACGUGGCCUUUUCCAUCCUGUCUGGAAGCUUCCAGACUUGUUGAGGGGAGGGAGGGGCUGACGCUCACCUCCUCUUGACGACGUGGCAGCUGUGCAGGUCGAGCGUGGUCAUGUGACCCAGCAGGAGCGCGUGGCAGACAGGAAGGAGCAUCACGUGACCCUUCCUCCGCAAGUCUCAGGUCAGAAGACACGCCAACAUUGUUGGUCACGUUCAAGAUCCGGAAGCAGUGGCCUAAUGCGGGAGGAAGCUGGAGACAGAGGACACAUCAUCACAAUCAAUCACGACCACAACAUUCCAACAGGUGUUGUUAUGUUGUACAUUCCAACAGGUGUUGUUAUGUUGUACAUUCCAACAGGUGUUAUGUUGUACAUUCAAACAGGUGUUGUUAUGUUGUACAUUCCAACAGGUGUUGUUAUGUUGUACAUUCCAACAGGUGUUAUGUUGUACAUUCCAACAGGUGUUAUGUUGUACAUUCCAACAGGUGUUGUUAUGUUGUACAUUCCAACAGGUGUUGUUAUGUUGUACAUUCCAACAGGUGUUGUUAUGUUGUACAUUCCAACAGGUGUUGUUAUGUUGUACAUUCCAACAGGUGUUGUUAUGUUGUACAUUCCAACAGGUGUUGUUAUGUUGUACAUUCCAACAGGUGUUGUUAUGUUGUACAUUCCAACAGGUGUUAUUAUGUUGUACAUUCCAACAGGUGUUGUUAUGUUGUACAGGACUUACUCAUCUCCUCUUUCUGCUGUAAAAAAAAGGGAAUGAUCCGCUUGGAACUCCUGUGGGGAAACUUUGCUUGGAUCAGAAAAAUAAAGAGAAAAAUCGUCACGUCCGUUUUGUCCUGAGCAAGACACUUCACCCUUGCUCCUGAUGGGUGCUGGUUAGCGCCUUGCAUGGCAGCUCCCUCCAUCAGUGUGUGAAUGUGUGUGUGAAUGUGGAAGUAGUGUCGAAGCGCUUUGAGUACCUUGAAGGUAGAAAAGUGCUAUACAAGUACAACCCAUUUAAAAAUCCGCAGCUUAUUCCAAAAUGAUUGUGUGUCUGUCUCCUAUGUAAUUGUGCUGUGGAAUAAUGUUUGUUAGACAUCUGCUGGCUCAAAACCUGCUCCCUUCCUAACAGCUACUUACCUCGCAACAAAGUCAGAGAUAUAUUUUUUUUAAUCCUUCAUGGUUAUUACCCUGUAAAGACUGUGAUGUUAGAUACAAGGACAUUGGUGAUGGUUAGAUACAAGGACAUUGGUGGUGCCUGCACCUUAUGUACCAUGCAUGUUGCACCUAAUGUACCAUGCAUGUUGCACGUUAUGUACCAUACACGUUGCACCCUAUGUACCAUGCAUGUUGCACCCUAUGUACUAUACAUGUUGCACCUUAUGUACCAUGCAUGUUGCACCUUAUGUACUAUACAUGUUGCACAUUAUGUACCAUGCAUGUUGCACCUUGUGUACCAUGCAUGUUGCACCUUAUGUACUAUACAUGUUGCACCUUAUGUACCAUGCAUGUUGAACCUUAUGCACCAUGAAUUUUGCACCUUAUGUACUAUACAUGUUGCACAUUAUGUACCAUGCAUGUUACACCUUAUGUACUAUACAUGUUGCACCUUAUGUAUCAUGCAUGUUGCACCUUAUGUACCAUGCAUGUUGCACCUUAUGUACCAUACAUGUUGCACCUAAUGUACCAUGCAUGUUGCACCUUAUGUACCAUGCAUGUUGCACCUUAUGUACCAUACAUGUUGCACCUGAUGUACCAUGCAUGUUGCACCUAAUGUACCAUGCAUGUUGCACCUUAUGUACCAUACAUGUUGCACCUAAUGUACCAUCCAUGUUGCACCUUAUGUACCAUACAUGUUGCACCUUAUGUACUAUACAUGUUGCACAUUGUGUACCAUGCAUGUUGCACCUUAUGUGCUAUACAUGUUGCACCUUAUGUACCAUGCAUGUUGCACCUUAUGUACCACGCAUGUUGCACCUUAUGCACCAUACAUGUUGCACCUAAUGUACCAUGCAUGUUGCACCUUAUGUACCAUACAUGUUAAACCUAAUGUACCAUGCAUGUUGCACCUUAUGCGCCAUGCAUGUUGCACCUUAUGCACUAUAUAUGUUGCACAUUAUGUACCAUGCAUGUUGCACCUUAUGUACCAUGCAUGUUGCACCUUAUGUACCAUGCAUGUUGCACCUUAUGCACCAUACAUGUUGCACCUAAUGUACCAUGCAUGUUGCACCUUAUGUACUAUACAUGUUGCACCUUAUGUACCAUGCAUGUUGCACCUUAUGUACUAUACAUGUUGCAACUUAUGUACCAUUCAUGUUGCACCUUAUGUACCAUGCAUGUUGCACCUUAUGCACUAUACAUGUUGCACAUUAUGUACCAUGCAUGUUGCACCUUAUGUACUAUACAUGUUGCACAUUAUGUACCAUGCAUGUUGCACCUUAUGUACUAUACAUGUUGCACCUUAUGUACUAUACAUGUUGCACCUUAUGUACUAUACAUGUUACACCUUAUGUACUAUACAUGCUGCACAUUAUGUACCAUUCAUGUUGCACCUUAUGUACCAUGCAUGUUGCACCUUAUGCACUAUACAUGUUGCACAUUAUGUACCAUGCAUGUUGCACCUUAUGUACUAUACAUGUUGCACAUUAUGUACCAUGCAUGUUGCACCUUAUGUACUAUACAUGUUGCACCUUAUGUACUAUACAUGUUGCACCUUAUGUACUAUACAUGUUACACCUUAUGUACUAUACAUGCUGCACAUUAUGUACCAUUCAUGUUGCACCUUAUGUACCAUGCAUGUUGCACCUUAUGCACUAUACAUGUUGCACAUUAUGUACCAUGCAUGUUGCACCUUAUGUACUAUACAUGUUGCACAUUAUGUACCAUGCAUGUUGCACCUUAUGUACUAUACAUGUUGCACCUUAUGUACUAUACAUGUUGCACCUUAUGUACUAUACAUGUUACACCUUAUGUACUAUACAUGCUGCACAUUAUGUACCAUGCAUGUUGCACCUUAUGUACUAUACAUGUUGCACAUUAUGUACCAUGCAUGUUGCACCUUAUGUACUAUACAUGUUGCACCUUAUGUACUAUACAUGUUGCACCUUAUGUACUAUACAUGUUACACCUUAUGUACUAUACAUGCUGCACAUUAUGUACCAUGCAUCCGUAGACUGUUUAGGACUUGUGAAAGCCCUCCAUCACUAUGAGGCCACCUGUGGCUUCAUGCUGGACAAUAUUCAUGACAUAUGCCUGCUUAGUUUGAAAGCAGGCAUAUACUAUCGGCUAAGUUUUAUAUUCAUAAAAGUAAGUUUCUCAAUACCCGGCUGGUCUUUUGUGUCUUUAAAAAAGAUUAAAACUCUACAUUUAAAACACUCUCUACCUCUAAAAACCAACAAGCUGUGAAAAGGAUGAUGCUGUGUUCCACAUUUAAGUUAUUUACUGAAAUUGAGUGAGUUCAUGGCUUUGCAUUUCAUUAUAUAUUAGGGCUGCGAAUCUUUGGGUGUCCCACAAUUCGAUUCAAUAUCGAUUCUUGGGGUCGCGAUUCGAUUAUAUAUCGAUUUUUUGUAUUCAAUUCAAACCAUGAAUUGAUUAACGUGGACCCCGACUUAAACAAGUUGAAAAACUUAUUGGGGUGUUACCAUUUAGUGGUCAAUUGUACGGAAUAUGUACUGUACUGUGCAAUCUACUAAUAAAAGUAUCAAUCAAUCAAUCAAUCAAUCAAAAAAAUGAGAUUCUCAAUUCAAAAACGAUAUUUUCCCGAUUCAAAAGGAUUGUGUAUUCAUUCAACACAUAGAUUUCAGCAGGAUCUACCCCAGUCUGCUGACAUGCUAGCACAGUAGUAGAUUUUUGUAAAAAGCUUUUAUAAUUGUAAAGGACAAUGUUUUAUCAACUGAUUGCAAUAAUGUCAAUUUGUUUGAACUAUUAAAGGAAGCAAAAAUCUGACUUAUUUUAUCUUUGUGAAAACAUUGGACACAGUGUGUUGUCCAGCUUAUGAGAUGCCAUGCAAGUGUAAGCCACUGUGACACUAUUGUUCUUUUUUAUUAUUUUUAUAAAUGUCUAAUGAUAAUGUCAAUGAGGGAUUUUUAAUCACUGCUAUGCUGAAAUGAUAACUAAUAUUGAUACUGUUGUUGAUAAUAUUCAUUUUUGUUUCACUACUUCUGGUUUGUUCUGUGUGGUGUUUGUGUCUCCUCUCAAUUGUUCUGUUUAUUGCAGUUCUGAGUGUUGCUGGCUCAGCUUUGCUUUUGGAAUUGGAUUGUAUUAUUAUGGUAUUGAUGUGUAGUGGUUUGUUGGAUUGGUUAAAAAAAAAAUAAAAAAAGAAAAU